CCCUUAGCAUUCUCACUCUCUCACUCACACGCCGUCACUCGUGUUUCAGUCUGGUGUGUGUGAUGAGUCUAGUGCUGUGCUGAGCGGUGUUCUCUUUAUAUGUUAUCAGUAUUAACCUGUUUAUUCCUCUUCUCUACCGAUGAUACAUUCUUGAGGAAAAGCCGCGUUGUGUAUUGAACUGGAUGCGUGGAACUGUGAUCCUGUAGUAUCUGGCUAACCGGAAAAUUUCCACCGAGAGGCAGCAUGGGUGAAACAACGCCCGAGGGCCAACAGCUCCAUUUGAGAUGGCACUCUCACUCAACCACCUUCACUGGGAUGCUCUCAGAACUUCACCAUGGACGUGCCUACACAGAUGUAUCGCUCGUGUGUGACGGUGGCAUUGUCAGAGCACAUAGGGCCAUUCUUUCCCUCUGUUCUCCUUACUUAGCGGUUGUGUUGGCUGCUUGUCCUGAUACUGAUGCUCCCCUCCUCCUCCCUGAUGUCCCCGUCCAGGAUAUGGUUUAUCUUGUGUCGUUCAUAUAUCGUGGUCAGGUGGAUGUGCAUCAGCAACAUAUUGCAUCAUUUCUAAAUACUGCCAAGCAUCUUCAUGUUCUUGGCUUAGAAGAAGGGGAUAGACUUGUCGAUUCUUCUCCAAGCAAGUCUGACACUUCUACCUCUGGCAGUGAAGCUGGUGAUGACAUCAGUCAAGUCAUAAAUGGAAACAACAACAAUGAGGAAGAGGAGUUGGUUGAAGAGGAAGAGGAGGAGGAGGAUGGAACGACUGAACAUGGUCAGGCCGUCAAUGUGAAGGCUGAAUUUACUGUUAAAGAAGAGCCUCUUGAAACUGCAGAGGCAUCUGCUGAUGUCACAGCUGACAUAACACCAGAUGGAAGGAUUGAUCUCAAUUUUUAUCUGCAGCAAGCAAUACAGAGUGCAUCCAUGCCUUGUCCACUAUGUAAGAAGGAAUUCAAAAGUCAGUCUGGAUUGAGAGAUCACAUUCGCCUUCAUACUGGGGAGAGGCCUUUUGAGUGUGAGUUCUGCCAAAUGAACUUUGCCCGGGCAUCGCACUUGAAGCGCCAUCGUCGUAUGCAUACAGGAGAGAAACCUUUUAUGUGUCGAAUCUGUGGCAAAGAUUUCUCCCGUGGUGAUAAACUUAAAGAUCAUUUGAGGCGUCAUGAAGCUGAAGACAAGCUCAGCCAAAUAAGGAAGCAAAUCUACCAGCCAGAUGAAGGAAAUGCCGAACAACCAGAGACUGAAAUGGGUUCCCAAGUGGGAUCAGUUAGUAAUGUACAAGUACUGGCCAACAAAACAAACAGUGCUCCAACAGAUUCCAUCAUGCCUCCUGCCAAACGGGCAAGAGGCAGACCUCCAAAGAAUUCCCAAGUGAACUCUCAUUUCCAACCAGCAGUGUCUCAGGUACCCUCUGCUUUGGUAUCACAGAGUGAAAGCUAUAUGCCUCAUAUGCUAGGUGUUACUAGUAUUGGGGAAUGUAUUUUAAGACCUAUUAAUUAAGUUCACUUUGUAUAGCAUCAUACUUGGUCCUUGUAAGCUGUUAGUGAAAGGAAAACUUGAAAUUCCUUACAAAUAGCUAAUUAACUAAUAAGUAUGAUAACCAGGGUAGGAAUAAGACAAUCUGGAAACCUGUGACAACCUUAUGAUUAAGCAGCAGCUGUGAUCCCCCUGUUCCCAUUGGGUAUUCAGUAUAGUGUACAGUGAUGUUUCAGCUGGUACUAAUGUUUCUGCAAAAUUUAAGAGUUUAGGUUUGGAACAUGCAUUUGGAAUUUUACCACUUUUAGUGAAGCAUUAUUUUCAGUGAUUAUCAUGUGGUCAUAGUGCCUUCCCCAUAAUUGACAGACUUUUCUUUGUCGUACUUAGUCUUCAAGGCUGUUGUAGAAGAAAUUCUCUUUUCCUGUUGAUCAGACUUACUUACUUUUUUUUUUUUUUUUUUUUUUUUUUUUUUUUUUUUUUUUUUUUUUUUUUUUUUUUUUUUUUUAAUUAUUGGCAAGUGGUUAUAUUUAACUUUACCUUGAAUUUAUGGUAUAAUUUGCAAUUAUUUAUUCAGUGUAAGGUUUGAUAAAUCAUUCUUUAGAAAGAAUUUUGUCACCCAAAAGAAUUGUCAUGUAGGUAUGUCAAGCAGUGUCAUUUUCAUUACUUCAUGGCUUGAGAAUUAUGGAGAAAUGCCUUGCAUUAGUAAAUUCAACAGGGGAAUGAAAAUUAGCCAUUAUUUAUGAGUUUUCUAAGGAAAAAAACUAGUUACAAAUGCUAGAAACUACUAAAAUCCUGUUGUUACACAAGUUUUUUUUUUAAGCUAGAAAGGGUGUCAGUAGGUGCAUGAAGUCUUUCUGUAUUUAUUACAAGAUACCAAGUGCCUUAGUGUUAGCACAGACCACACAACUUUUUCCUGGCAACACUCGAAACUUUUGUCUUGUACACUGUGUAAUUUAUUGUUGCGAUAGACAUUCCAUUUUGCCAAUUUCUGAUAUGCACAACUUGCACAAAUGUAACUAAUAAGUAUAUAGUACAACUUAUACCUGACAGUUCUGUGUGUUAUGCAUUGUGUGUUAUAACCUAAAACUGUUUUAUGCAUUGCGUGUUAUAACCUAAAAGUUAUGUUUUAUGCUGUGUGUGUUAUACCAGAGUCAAGGAUAAGUGAAAUCUUAUUCCUUUUAUAUACUAGUGAAAACUACGUGAAAUUGCACUUUUUAAAACUUAAUUUACAUUAUUAUUAUCAUUAAAUCCCAUAAAGUAUGCUAUUCUGCUAUUCAUUGUGAUAAAAAAUGUAGGGGACUGAAAGAUUUCAAGUUCAUUGGAGGCAUUUGGACUUUAAGGGAAGUGACUUCUGAACAUGAAGAUUAUAACGUUAGUAAUUUACUUUUAUAAUCUUCCCACAGAAUAUGUUUACUACACAAUGCACAUUGUAAAUAGUCUCAUUUUCAUGCAGGUAUUUACCACAGUUUUAUUAUUACCAACAGUUUUAUUAUAGGCUGUUCUGCUGAAGAGUCUAAGCCUUUAAAGGCAUAAUGCCAGAAUAUUCAAAAUAAAAAAAUUAUAUAUGUGUACUGUUACCAAGUAUAACAAUCCUGGAAAAAUAUUCUUGCUUAAAGCAAAGAUUUUCAUUUAGUAACAUUAUAGUACUUUUUCUAAAUAAAGCAGGUUUUGUAAAUAAAGUCUUAAUUUUGUUUUUUUCUGAGAACUAGGCGGAGAAGACUCGAAGAGGUCUGGAAAAACUAAUCAUUGUUAUUAUUAACAAUAAUCCUGAUAUAUUAAUAAUUUCACUAUUUUACUUAAAGGUCAUUAAAAUCAUUCUAGUCCUUUAAGUUUCAUUUUAUAAUAUAUAAAAUAUAUGUACUAUUAUAAAACUUGAGAUUUAACAAUAUUUUAGCGAAAAUAAAUUUCAAGAAUGGAAACAAGAUAUAAGCAUAAUGGUUUGCCAUUUUAGUGCUCAAGUUUUUGCAAAUGCCAAUUGCCUCUGUACCAGAGUUGAUAGAACACUUGAUAAGUAUCACAGUAUGUUAAUUUGCAAAAAAUAUCCUGGAUGGAGUUUGAUGAAAAUGAAAAGUGAAACAUUAUAUCUUUGUUGUAUCAGUUUUUCAUAUAGGGCAUUUACAUUGGCAUUUGUUGGUUUCUUGCAAAUUUCCAGUUUGAUAUAACAGUUUCAUUUUCUAAGUGAUACACUUUGUGCCUGUACAUUUUAUACUGUACCGGGCUAAGCUUAGCAUUUAAAUUUUUUUAAAAAUGUUUUGUGGCGUCAUAGACAACAGAUGAAAGCUUGGUAACUAACAUUUCUGAAAUUUAUAAAGUGAUAAACUUAGUGCCUGGACAUUUUAGACUUGGAUAAGCUUUGUGCGUAGCUUUCCAAUAUUUUGGUAUCAAAGACAAGAGUAUUUUUUGGGGGGAUACCAUAUUGCAAAUAGUGUAUAGUAUAACCUAGUGGCCUAGAUUACAAUACUGUUUAGUGAUGAUUUGCCUUCAUCACUUGACGGGGUGGAUUAUUGUGUCAUUGAUAAUCUUGUAUGAUAAUAUUUCCUAUUUGAACAGAGUUACAAGCAUUAGUUUUGUAUUUUUGUUUCCAAACAGUAUCAUAUAUAUUAAGCUUUUUCUCAUAACUAUAGUAUUAUAUUUAACUUUCAGUUGCCCAUUUCUUUUCUCAUUCACUUUCAUUGACCAUGCAUAGUUUCAUCAAUUCCACAAGUGCUGUGGUCAUGGACAGAUGACAGCAAUCUUCUUCAUAAAUCUGUAUUACCACAACAUUUGUGCAGCAUAAAUCAUUUCCAUUGUUAUUUAUAUUUAUUUUUGUUUGUGCAGAGAAUAUGAAAAUUAAUAUUCUUAUUACAUGAAUUAAGUUUUAGUUGAUAGGAUAUGGUGCACUUAUACUUUAAAAAUUAUGCUACACACUUGAAAACCCAUUUUGGACUAAAGUUAUAUAUUUCUAUUUUGAUCCUGAAUUAGGAAUGAACAGGUCAUAAUAUACCUUCUACAAUGUACAAGGCUUCCAUAACAAUGUACUGUACUUACAAUUAAGGCAUAGUACCAUUUACUGAAGAAUUUUUUUAAGCAGUUUCUUUAUUACAUGUAGUAUUUAUAAAUAGUUCAGUCACCCUGUAGUAUAUUGACUGAGGUGGUGUGCACAUUGUGUUAAAAAAAUGGCAUAAUAUUCCAUAAAGGCAAAGACAACAUACAAUGCCAGAUAGGAGGGUCUUUUUAUUAUCUUAGCAUCCGACAUCUUAAUAGUACUUGACUGUAGUUUUGGGUAACUGUUCUAGUAUAUGGGAGGAGUAAAUAUGAGUUUCCUGGAAUAAAUGGGAAAAUGUGAAUAAACCAUGAGAAAAAUCAAAAUUGCUUCAAGAAAUUGCAUUUUUUUUCUUUCUUUUUUUUUUCUUUUUACCAAUACUAGUGACCUUGAGGCAGCACCAGGAUAUUUGUUUACUAAAAUUUGUCUUCAAUAUUUAUUGCUAUUACUACUGUAUUUGGCAGAACCACAAAUUUUAUCCAAAAGCAGUGUUACAAUAGAAGUUAUAGCUUGGACGAGAAUUUUUUUUUCUAUUACUCUGGAGUAACUUAUCUUGAUAAAGAGUUUUCCUUGUUGCUCCUCCUUUGGGGCUUCCUUCUGCCAUAUUUUACAUCAUGUGAAACAUUCAGUGCCUAUAAAAAGACUUAAUUGAUAAGAACUUAAAGAAAUUAAUACUUCCAGUUUAUACUUUUAUGUACAGAAUCCUUGAUACAGACAUGACAAGUCAUUCCAAUAUAUUGUAGAGCACUUCUCAUGUGCCUUCUGUAAAUUAGUAAAGUAGUAUAUGAGAGGUUAUGUAAAGGAUUAAAGCUACACUUUAUGCAUAUAUUUUUAUAAAUCCAUAAUUUUUUUAAUAGGAUGUGAUCAGUCAGUUCAAAGAUGUUAUUGUUAGAAUGUGAAUAAAUAUUUUCAUCGGU